CAGCUCUUCCUGGCGUCACGAGAGUACGAUGCCAGGAUUGGUGGGUAGAGCUGGAGUCCCACCUAGGCGCGCUGUGUCUUGUGGGUGGAAGCGCUGUGUGGGUUUUGGCGUUUCGCGCAAUGCUGCGGCGGGGAGACCCGGAGCUGAUACCGAGACACUUGAAUUAGCUUUACCAGAGGAGAAAUGGAGGAGCCAUAGAACAUUAAGGAUGAAUUCAGGAAGACCCGAGACCAUGGAGAACUUGCCUGCUCUCUACACUAUUUUCCAAGGAGAGGUUGCUAUGGUGACAGACUAUGGAGCCUUUAUCAAAAUCCCAGGCUGUCGGAAGCAAGGUUUGGUCCAUCGAACUCACAUGUCCUCCUGUCGCGUGGAUAAGCCCUCUGAGAUAGUAGAUGUCGGGGACAAAGUGUGGGUGAAGCUUAUUGGCCGAGAGAUGAAAAAUGAUAGGAUAAAAGUGUCCCUCUCCAUGAAAGUCGUCAACCAAGGGACUGGGAAAGACCUUGACCCCAACAACGUUAUCAUUGAGCAGGAAGAGAGGCGGAGGCGGUCCUUCCAGGAUUACACUGGGCAGAAGAUCACCCUCGAGGCUGUCCUCAACACCACCUGCAAGAAGUGUGGCUGUAAAGGCCACUUUGCAAAGGAUUGUUUUAUGCAGCCAGGAGGGACCAAAUAUUCUCUGAUACCAGAUGAGGAAGAGGAGAAGGAAGAGGCAAAGUCAGCAGAGUUUGAGAAGCCUGACCCCACGAGGAAUUCUUCUAGAAAAAGAAAGAAGAUCCUACUUAACCUUUCAGUGGUAGGUAAGAGGUCCUGUCUCACUGAGUGCUGUCUCCCAUGUACUACUUACCACAGAACAAUUCAUAAAACAGACACUAUUGUGGUGCAGGAAGAACCAGUUCAUUUGUCGAAUGCCACACAGAGAGGGAACGAAAAAAAACUAUGCUAUAAUUUGGAAAAGAAGAAAAAGAAACACAGAGACAGGAAGUCAUCUGACUCGGACAGCUCAGACUCUGAGAGUGACACAGGCAAGAGGGCAAGGCACACCUCCAAGGACAGCAAGGCAGCGAAGAAGAAGAAGAAGAAGAAGAAGCACAAGAAGAAGCACAAGGAGAGGUCCUAUGACCCUCUCCAGCUGCCACUGCCAGAGCCAGAUUCCUGCACAGGGGUCCAGGCUCCAGCCACAGGUAGCGCUGUGGAGGCGAGUCUGGCUGUAGUUGGAGAGCAGAGUGAGUGGCCCCUCCCCGUCGGGUCUGCCCUGGGCUGCUUGGUGAGCAUCCGACGCGGGGGCCGAGGGAGAUCGGCGGGAUGAGGGAGAACAUGGUAAGAAGUGGUGCUCACUUUUUCCAUUCCCCCUGACAUGAUUCAAUCAUGCUAGAAGUGACAGCCAGAAAACCAUCGUCUGCAGUGACUGAGCUUGCGUGUGACAUUCUGCCAGACCACUGAACCAGACAGCUCAAGCCAAGAUCAUUGCUUUACUUUGUAUUCACUACCGUGUGAGUCCCUUGGUCCCACUUUAGGUCUCUGCUUCAAUUCCUGGCACUAAACGGAAGUGUGUUUGGUUUUAAACUUA